AUGUUUCCCCAAGACAAGCUAUUCGUCGACAUCGCAACAGCUUUUGAGCAGUAUCCUGCUGACAGGUUUCAUUUCAUAUGCGGAACUGCUACGGCGCUGGACCAUAUCAACCGCACUGUUUCUGUCACCGUGGCCGAGGGUAUAGUCAUCGAGAAAUUGGACUUCGACGCUUUGAUCAUCGCAACGGGUGCAUCUACACCUUCUCCACUUCUGGGACUCAACGGCAGCUACGAAAGUCUGCGGCGGAGCUGGGAGGAUUUCCGCAAGGCUCUACCGCAAGCGAAGACCAUCGUCAUUGCAGGGGGCGGCCCAGCUGGAGUCGAAACUGCAGGAGAGCUAGGGGAGUAUCUCAACGGUCGAGCGGGCCUCUUCAAUUCGACACCAGAGACGCCAAAGGUGGCUAUCACGCUAGUCACAUCCGGAUCCAAGAUUCUCCCCGCGUUGCGCCCGUCACUUGCCGAGAAGGCCGAGCAAUAUUUGGCACAAGUCGGUGUUAUUGUCCUCAAGAACAUUCGGGUUGAUAGUGUUACCCCAAACGAAGCGGGAGUUGAGGGCGUCGGAAUGUCUGCGAUCAUCAACCUUUCAAAUGGCCAGACUGCCAGGGCGGACCUGUACAUCCCAGCAACAGGCACUCGCCCAAACACCUUGUUCAUCAAUCCCUCGCUACUCACCUCUGACGGGCGCGUCGAGACGAACCCGUCAACUCUCCGUGUCGACAAAGCGGGGCCGCGCGUUUACGCCAUCGGGGAUGUGUCCUCGUAUGCCCGGCCGGCAGUCCACAAUAUCCUCGGCGCCGUCCCGGUUCUUUGCGCUAACCUCAAGCGGGACCUGUUGCUUAUUUCGGGGAAGCCGACUGUGGCAAUCAGGGAUGACCGGGUGUUCAAAGAAGAUCUGAGAGAAACGCAGAUGGUGCCGAUUGGGAAGAGUAAAGGCGUCGGCGCGGCGAUGGGAUGGCGCUUGCCGGGGUUCCUGGUGUGGUUGAUCAAGGGCCGCGACUACUGGCUGUGGACAACGAUGAAGCUAUGGAGCGGUGAGCAGUGGGCUGUGGCAACCUGA